UUCGGAAGUGAAUCUCGCAGACCCUAAUUAAGGUCCUUACUACACCUGAGCAGCGCGUGCGCUUAUCACCCGCUAUCAGACGAUUCAGACGUCCGCGGCGCGUCGAGCGACGCACACGUUUCGACAAAAAACGCGCGUACAUAAUACGCGACAAUUUUUUUCUUUCGUGUGCUAUAUUACGAUCCAGGCCACAUUUUUGUAUCACCUUUUUUUUAAAUUGUUUUUUUUAUUCUAAGUUUGAAAUCACGAUUUUAGUAACCCAUUCACGUAUGAAAGGAUAAAGACGCUAGUCGUUUUUGAACGAGCCUUUAAGUGCAUUUUCUGUUUUUGGACAACUUUUUUUGAGUGGAAAACAAAACAAUAGUGUUUCUAAAGAACUAUAGUUUGCGUGUGUGAAUUGAGGGUAAAAUGGCGAAAGAUGUGAACUGUGACGCGAUCCUGGCGGAGCUUGGCCAGUUCGGGAGAUACCAGGUCCUGAAUUACUGCCUGAUCAUGAUCCCUAUAAUGUUCAGUGCGGUGUACAAUGCGCAAUAUGUCUUCAAUGCUGGCAUGGUCCCACACAGAUGCGCAGUGCCAGAAUGCGAGUCCCCACCAUACAAGUACGAGACCGGCGAGUGGGGUCUCUGGGCGCUCGGGAGCCAGUGCGCGCGGCCGGCGCCCAGUGACGAUGGAGCAUGCGCUCAGGGCGCCUUCAGCGCUAAUCAUACCGUAACGUGUGAUAAUCAUGUUUAUGGUAGCCGUGAUACGAUUGUAGCUGAGUUCGACCUGGCGUGCCAAGAGUGGAAGCGCACGUUGGUGGGCACCAUACACAGCGCGGGGCUGUUCGCCGCGUUACCGCUCACCGGCUACGUCUCUGAUACUUUCGGCCGGCGCACGGCGUUCGUUAUGACGGCGGUGUUGGCAGCACUGAUGGGCUUGAUCCGCUCCUUCUCUGUCAACUAUGCUAUGUACCUUGUGUUUGAGUUCCUGGAUGCCACGCUGGGCUCUGGCGUGUACAGCACUGGCUUUAUCCUAGCGCUAGAAAUGGUGGGCCUAAAACGGCGAGUGCUCGGCGGCAACAUCAUCUCCAGUUCCUUCGCCAUCGGCCAAGUGAUUCUCGCCCUAGUGGCCUGGAACGUGCCCUACUGGAGGAACUUAACCCGCGUCCUCUACGUACCAUCUUUCCUCUUCAUCUUCUACUACUUCCUCAUUGAAGAAAGCGUGAGAUGGCUGUUAAGCAAAGGCAGGAAACAAGAAGCUGCUAGAAUUAUAUAUAAAGCGGCUGCCAUUAAUAAGAAAGAACUGUCUCCAGAAUCCCAAAAGCAGUUAGAAUCUCCUGAUGAACCUACUGAAGUCACAGUUCCUGAGCAAACAUCUUUUAGCGGACCGCAGAAGAAAUCGCUGUUUAAACAAGUUUUGAAGUCAAAGAUUCUCAUGUCACGUCUCUUUAUUUGUUCUUUCUGGUGGAUUACGGUGACUUUCAUCUACUAUGGACUAUCAAUCAACUCGGUUUCUCUGGCUGGGAACCAAUACGUGAACUUCAUGUUGACGUCUCUGGUGGAGAUCCCUGGGUACGCGCUUAGUGUGCUGACGCUGGACCGCUUUGGACGCAAGAGUUCCAUCAUGACAGCGUUAUUUGUCUGUGGAUCCGCUCUCAUCGCUUUGCCUUUUGUUCCUGAGCACUUAUCCUGGAUCCACACUUGCCUCACAAUGCUGGGAAAGCUGUGCAUCAGCAUGGCCUUCAGCUCCAUAUAUAUCUACACGUCGGAGUUGUUCCCCACUGAAGCGCGUCACUCUAUGCUUGGCACCUGCUCCAUGAUUGGAAGGAUUGGCAGCAUUGUGGCUCCUCAGACGCCAUUACUGAUGCAAAUAAUGGUGUCGCUUCCAUACCUGAUCUUUGGUGUGAUGGCGGGCAUUUCUGGCGGGCUCAUGUUGCUCACGCCAGAAACUCUGCGGUUACGACUACCGGAUACCAUCGAGCAGGCGGAAGCUAUGGUGGUCGCGCCGCGGACGAGCAAACGUACCGAUAUCAUCGUGGAUUAACCUGACUAUUGACGGUCCACAGGUUUUAUCUCGCAGCCUGAUAUAGGUGUUGAUAAGUAAGCGGCCACAUACACAACAGUCCAGUACUGUUAAAGAAAUUGAUUUCUGUACCUUAUCGUACAGUCAGCUGCAAAAAUAUGUAUCCAGAGAAUCGUCUCAUAAAUAUGGUACUACGCUCUUAUUACACUGGAAUAAGAUGCUAUGGGAGAUAUUUCUGAGUAAGAUGUUACACCCAUAUUUUUACACUUGACUGUACCUUGUGACCGAGACAAUUGAUGAAAGCUGGCUACCAAUCCAUAUUAAUGUCUCUGUGGCAUAGAAAUAUAAACUACUUGAUUGCAUAUUAAUAUGGAAAUGAUAGCGCCAUUUUAAAAGAAUCAUACGAUUUUUAGGCUUCAUUUCCAUUGAAGCGAACUGUGCAGAUACGUACGGUAAACAAUGAAUAGCAUUGGUUGUAUUGUAUCCAGCGAAACGGAUAAGACAAUUAUCUGCUCAUUUCGGCCUCAGUGGAAAGGCAGCCUUUCCUUUAUAUCAUCAAAGAGAAAUUGAAAUAGAGGUGGAUUGUCAAAGAAAACUUUGUAGCCACAGUAAAUUUACUGCCAUCUUUUGACACGUUAUUAAAAUUUUUGAACCCGAUUUGACUUUGAUCCUUAUUGUUUCACCGAUAUGUGUUAAAUUUGUUAAAUAUCAAAAAGUGGUGCCUUCUUACCGGGCAUAGGCCAAGGUCGUGGCGCCAUCGCUCGAAACGCACGGCACGCCACUUAUUGAUUUUGAACAAAUUUAAUACAUAUCAGUGAAAUAAUAAGGAUUUAAGUCAAAUAGCGUUCUAAAACUUUAAAUCAUGUGUCGGAAGAUGGCAGUAAAUUUACUGUGGUUACAAAGUUUACUUUGAUAUCCACCUGUAUUUCAAAUUUUCUUUGAUAUCUUUCGUCGCUUUAUAACUGCGAGACCUUUAGCAAACACAAACACAUUACAAAUGUGUUAAAGAUAUAUGUUUUUGAUGUGAUAUUUAUUGUAAGAGAGUGAGGAAAGAGAGUUAAUGCUUUCCGAGUAUUUGCUAAUUAAAAAUAUAAGUUGCUUAAAUAUUCGAAUCCCGACUUCGUACGUAGCUAUGUAUUAAAUUUAACCUCCAAGACCCUGAGUACAAAUUUUUGUACUUAUUCCAAAAUCUAUUUUGAACUUUUAUUGUGUACUAAGGAUUUGAAGUUCAAAAACAAAACAAUUGCUUCUUGGUCUCAGGAGGUUAAAACGUCAAGUAUUUAAGUACAAUGGGAAUCGAAACGUCAAAAUGGAAAUUAUAGGAGUUUUAAAUAAAAAUAAAAGUACUUCUCUCAAGAGAAAUAAGUUGUAUCGUAAUAUCUUUCAUAUAGCUUGGCUUGGUGACAGCUGUCAUAUCUAUACAAAAUAAAAUUAAAACGAAAAAUUGUAUUAAGUUGACAGCUGUCUGAGUACCCAAGCUAUGUGAUAAAUACUAUAAUGUGAUUACACUGGUCAGUAGGGCUAAUAUGGUCGGUGUUUUAUCAUCUAUCAUCAUGUCUGUCACGUUCUAACAAGUAUGUUAGUGCAAAAGUGACACAAGACAUGACAAGUGAUAAAAAUGCGACCAUGAUACCGCCGCAGUUAGUGUUAAGAAUUUUAUUAUAUUGUACAUUUUAUUAUAUUACUGUAGAAUUUUACCAAAUUAACAUUGUAUUUGUGCCAUUAUGUUUGCUUUAUGUAUUGAUUGAAUAUAAUUAUAAGGUGUGUGAAGUCUAAGAAAUUUGUUCUUUGAAUUUGACAGCUAUUGGUUUUUAAACGUAAAUUUUUGACAAUUCAGGUACAGCAAAAAACUUCCGUCGCGGUUUUUCGGUUUAACCAUGUUUAACUUCAAAAUAGCGACGUUAUCUCGAGAAUAUUGUUUUGUUGUUAUCUCAGCAAUGUUGGUUAAAUUGCAAUAUUGAUAGCUUAUUAUGCAGUGAACUAAAGUGUGCAGCUAAUGCUGAAUUAGUCUUGAGACGCGUUUAAUCAGUCAACAGCCCGCAAUCCAUCGUGACUAUUCGUAAAGUUCAGCUAGAACUUUCCAAAAAGUAACUACCGAACAACGCCAUGUUCGACGAGCACACUUUAACAUGGGUCAAUUUUUUACUGAAGAAGGAGAUCCCUCGUCGGAAUAUGGCCGUACAACGCCCUCUUCUUUAGCUGGUAAACGUGAGCACUGUUUUUUUCUUAGACUUAACACAUCUUUAUUAACCUUUUAACCGCCGUAGCCUGAUAUAUACCUAAGAUAUACAAUAUCCAGCUCAUUUCACCGCAGUCUGUUAAAUAAAACAAAACUUCGUGUAGUUUUGUACCAGCGGCGACACGAGCAUGCUCGAUAAAAAAUUCUAAGCGGUUAAAAGGUUAAACGGUACCUACACGGUCUUGUGCUCUCACUUUUAAUGUAUGAGUGCCGAUUUUUACUUUAUAUGACGAUGUUUUUCAUCAUAUUCGAUAAUAUUUGGCGCAUAGAUAUAGUUCCCUAUUAUGUGCAUAAUAAGUGCAAUUACAACAAGUGCCCUAAAAAUCUUUUAACUGAUUUACGAAAAUGUAUGCAUAUGUUAUUUUCGUAACUAACGAUCUAUUUUUCGUUGUCCUAAAUUAGGAUUUCAUAUUCAUUCCACACAGAAUGAAGAGCUUUUUAAACCAGACAAAUUUUAUCUAAAUCUAACAACAAAAAAAUAUUUUUAUAUAAAAAUCGGCCCUUUUCGUGAAUGCGCUGGUCGCUUUCAUCUACAAGUGAAUAAUGUUUCUUAUGUUUGUAAAUCCUAAUCAUGUCAUUUUAUUUUUACAUCAUACGUUCAACAUGGUAUGUAGCAAUAACAACGAGAAUUUGAAAUAGAGGUGGAUUGUCAAAGUAAACUUUGUGGCCACAGUAAAUUUACAGCCAUCUUUCGACACAUGAUUAAAACUUUUAGAACGCCAUUUGACUUUAAUCCUUAUUCUUUCACUGUUAUGUGUUAAUAAUAAUAAUAAUAAUUCAGCCUAUAUACGUCCCACUGGGCACAGGCCUCCUCUCAUGCGAGAGGGCUCGGGCUAUAGUCCCCACGCUAGCCCAAUGCGGAUUGGGGACUUCACAUACACCUUUGAAUUUCUUCGCAGAUGUAUGCAGGUUUCCUCACGAUGUUUUCCUUCACCGAAAAGCUAGUGGUAAAUAUCAAAUGAUAUUUCGUACAUAAGUUCCGAAAAACUCAUUGGUACGAGCCAGGAUUUGAACCCGCGACCUCCGGAUUGAAAGUCGGACGUCAUAUCCACUCGGCCACCACCGCUUAUUAUGUGUUGUUAUGUGUUAAAUUUUUAAAUAUCAAAAAGCGGCGCCAUCUUACCAGGCAUCGGCUGAAGGUAGUGGCGCCAUCGCUCGAAACGAUGCCGCCACACCUUUGGCCUUUGAUCUAUCAUAUCAGUGAAAGAAUAAGGAUCGAAGUCAAAUGGCGUUCUAAAAAUUUUGAUCAUGUGUCGAAAGAUGGCAGUAAAUUUACUGUGGCUACAAAAUUUUCUUUGGCAAUCCACCUCUAUUACAAAUUCUCUUUGGCGAUAGCAUGUACAUUUAUACAAUUGCGCAUUAUAUAUAUUUUUUAUGAUUUAUGAUUUGUCAAUCGUAACGUUUUAUUAUGAGAUUUAAUUUUAUGAUGUAUGAUAUAUUUUAAAUUAUUUUAAAUAUUAGCUAAAUAAAUGAGUAAUAAAUAAACAUAGUAUAAUCGUUGCAGUUUUUCAACGUUUGUAAUACUAUAUAAUUUGUGUUUUUAAUAAAAAUUGUGAUUUUACAUUUUACUAUUUCUAGGAAUUUUAUUUAUUAAAUAAGUACGAUGGCUAUAA